CCAAAUGUAACCCAUCCUCCAUUGUGGUCUUCGGCUUCUUUGCCAAGAGUGCUUCAGUGGAAAGCACUUCAAGCCCCUGGUCUCUGAAGAUGGAAGCACCCUCACCUGCAGACAACUGGUCCCACUGCACAAUAUUCUGAGGAGAUUGUUCCUAGACCUGUCUUGAGGCAAAGCGCUGGAGAAGUGGCCUUUUCAGCAUUUCCAUAUCUUUCCACCUGCGAAUGUUUUGGGAGCCAAUGAAGGAUCUUUGUUGAUACCAUUUGAAGGUAUAUAAUCAAGAUUUUGAUGUGAUUUCUCAACAUAACACCGAUGAGAAAAGGAAUUGGGCAGGAGGAAGAGGAGGAGGAAAUGGCAGAUUCCAAGGGACUGUUGACAUUCCAGGAUGUGGCCAUUGAUUUCUCUCAAGAGGAGUGGGAAUGCCUGGACCUAGGUCACCGGAAAUUGUACAGGGAUGUGAUGUUGGAGACCUAUGGGAACCUGGUCUCCUUGGGUCUUGUUGACUCUAAGCCAGACGUGGUCAUCUUUUUGGAGCAAAUGAAGGAUCCCUGGAGUGUGACCAGAGUGGAGGCAAGAGCCAUGCACCCAGCUGUCUCCUUGCAGGACAGCGAGAUUUUGAGGCGAAAGGAGCCCAGCAUGGAAGAUGUAUUCCCAAAAGGGCAUCUGGCAAAAUACGAAAGAUUUCAACUUGGAAAUGUAUAUUUAAUGAACCCCUGGGAGUACACAAGGGGACAUGCAGGGCAGAAACAAUGCCAUGGUGGACUUUACCCAAAUGAGACAGUUUCUGGUAACACAAACAGUACUGUGCUUAGAAAUCAAGGAUAUGACUCAACUUUGGCAAGUCACCAGUAUAAGUCAUCAACAUUCGCAAAAACCUAUGUUUGUCAACAAAGACCCACAUCAAGUUUUGAAACAUACAAGUUCUCUAAGCGGAAAUUGGAACGUCUGGAAAGUCACCUAGACUCUAUUGCAAACACUCCUUCAAACCAUUGUGAACGUAAGCCUCCCUUAAAGGUUCACUCAAAUGUGUCUGAAAAACAGGAAUGGAACAAGGAAGAACAAACAUCACAGUAUAAUGAAGGUGAGGGAUCCUUUGGAACGGGUCUAUUAGUCUUCAACCAACCGAUAUUUUCUGCAUGUUCCAAAGAGCAUAAUCAAAGGGGAUUUACCCAACCAAUAGUGUGUAAUACCUAUGGCGGAAGAGGUAAUGUGGGAGAGCUUGGGCUGUGUAUAAAAACAAGUGACGUCUUAACCAAGAGCUCUGCUUCCAAUAGAGACAAUUGUAAGUAUAAUGGAAGGGGAAGAGAUUCACGCAAUGCAUCUGGGCAUGAUGUUGACCAAGACUCAAGGCUUAUGAGCCAUCCGGGACCCCAGGUUUCAGAGCCCAAUUGUCGAAGUACGAAACGAAGGAGUGUCUCUUAUCAAAGUUCAGAUCUUAUUGUAGGUAAGUGUUUUCAGGUUGGAGAAAAGACUCCUAGGGAAUAUAGUAACAUGUUUAACAGGUCAUUAAAACUUGGUGAACAUCAGAGAGUUCACAGUAGGCAGAAACAUUAUGAAUAUAAUAAAUGUGGGAUAGUUUUGAAUGAGUCACCUGCUCUAGGUAGACAUAUGAAAAUCCACACUGGAGGGAAAGCAUCCAAGUGUAGAGAAUGUGGCAAAGCCUUUAAACAUAGCUCCCUCCUUACUCAACAUCAGAGAAUUCAUACUGGAGAGAAACCUUAUACAUGUGAAGAAUGUGGAAAAGCCUUUAAACAGAGAUCACAUCUGAGUGUACAUCAGCGAAUUCAUACUGGAGAGAAACCUUAUACAUGUGAAGAAUGUGGAAAAGCCUUUAAACAGAGAUCACAUCUGAGUGUACAUCAGCGAAUUCACACUGGAGAGAAACCUUAUCAAUGUGAGGCUUGUGGAAAAGCCUUUAAACGGAGAUCACAUCUUAGUAGACAUCAGCGAAUUCAUACUGGGGAGACACCCUAUCAAUGUAAGGAAUGUGGAAAAGUCUUUAAUUGGAGCUCACAUCUUAAACAACAUCAGAAAAUUCAUACUGGAGUGAAGGUUUACAAAUGUACAGAAUGUGGCAAAGCCUUCCUUUACAGGUCAAGCCUGAUUCAGCAUAAGCGAAUUCAUACUGGAGAGAAACCUUAUCAAUGUGAGGCUUGUGGAAAAGCCUUUAAUUGGAAGUCAAGUCUUACUCAACAUCAGCAAAUUCAUACUGGAGUGAAGGUUUACAAAUGUACAGAAUGUGGCAAAGCCUUCUUUUACAGGUCAACUCUGAGUCAACAUAAGCGAAUUCAUACUGGAGAGAAACAUCAAUGUAAGGAAUGUGGAAAAGCCUUUAAUCGUUACUCAAAUCUUGCUCGACAUCAGCAUAUUCAUUCUGGAGAGAUACCAUAUCAGUGUAAGGAAUGUGGAAGAACAUUUAAUCAGAGCUCAAGUCUUAAAAAACAUCAGCUAAUUCAUACUGGGUUGAAGCUGUACCAAUGUAUAGAAUGUGGCAAACCUUUCAAUUCCAGGUCAAGUCUUACUCGACAUCAUCAAAUUCAUACUGGAGAAAAACCUUAUAAAUGUGGAGAAUGUGGAAAAGCCUUUAAACAGAGAUCACAUCUUAGUGCACAUCAGCGAAUUCAUACUGGAGAGAAACCUUAUCAAUGUAAGGAAUGUGGAAAAGCCUUUAAUAUGAGCUCAAGUCUUAAGGAACAUCAGCAAAUUCAUACUGGAGUGAAGCUUUACAAAUGUAUAGAAUGUGGCAAUGCCUUCAUUUCAAGGUCAACUCUGACUCGACAUCAGCGAAUUCAUACUGGAGAGAAACCUUAUCAAUGUGAGGCAUGUGGAAAAGCCUUUAAACAGAAGUCAAGUCUUAAUCAACAUCAGGAAAUUCAUACUGGAGUGUAACUUUACAAAUGUACAGAAUGUGGUAAAGCUAUGAAUUCCAGGUCAACUCUGCCUUGGCAUCAGCAAAUUCAUACUGGAGAAAAAACUUAUACAUGUGAACAUGUGGAAAAGCCUUUAAACAGAGAUCACAUCUUAGUGGACAUCAGCGAAUUCAUUCUGGAGGCAAACCAUAUCAAUGCAUGGAAUGUGGAAAAGCCUUUCAUCAGAGCUCAAGUCUCAGUUUACAUCAGCAAAUUCACAGUGGAUCAAAACUAUACAAAUGUACAGAAUGUGGCAAAGCUUUCAAUUCCAGGUCAAAAGUUACUCAACAUCAGCGAAUUCACACUGGAGAAAAACCUUAUACAUGUGAAGAAUGUGGAAAAGGUUUUUAAUGGGGAUCACAACUUAAGGUACAUGAGCAAAUUCAUCCCAGAGGGUAACCUCAUCAAUAUACGGAAUAUGGAAAAUCCUUGAAUGAGUGCUGAAGUCUUAGUUUCCAUCAGUGAAUUCAUAGUGGAUUGAAACUUAGCACAUGGACAGCUUUUGUCCAAGCCAUUAAUUAUGGGUAAUACUUACCCAGCAUCUGUGAAUACAUACCAGAAAGAAACCAUCUCAGUGUAAAGAAAGUGGGAAAGCCUUUCAAUGGAGAUCACAUCUUAGUGUACAUCUUCCAAUUCACACUGGAGAGAAGGCUUAAAUAUGCAAGGAAUGUGGAAAAGCCUUUCAUCAGAAUGCAUGUCUUAGUAAAUAUCAGCAAGUUCAUACUGGAAUGAAACAUUAUGUAUGUACAAAAUGUGGCAAAGCUUUCAAUUCCAGGUCAACACUUACUCACCAUCAGGGAAUGCAUAGUGGAGGGCAUACUUUUCAAUGUAAGGAAUGAGGAAAAGCCUUUACUCAGAGCUCAAAUCUUACUAUACCUCAGCGAGUUCACACUGGAGAGAAACCCUGUCACUCAAGGAAUGUGGCAAAGCCUUUCAAGGGCACUCAAGUCUUCAUGUAGUGCAGCAGGUUCAUAGUGGAAGGAAAUCUAGUAAAUGUAAGGAAUGUGGGAAAGCCCUUCAUCUGAGAUCAAACCUUAGAAACCAUCAGCAUAUGGAUACAGGAAUGAAACCUCACAUGUGUGCCGAAGGUGGCAAAGCUUUCCAUUACAGGGCAAUGCUUACACCACAUCAGGUAAUUCUUACUGGAGAGAAUCCUUUUCAGUGUAAGCAAAGAGGACAAUCUUUUCAUCAGAGCUCCACUCCCAGUAUACAUCAGCAAAUAUGCACUGGAAAGAAAUGGUAAAAAUGUAAAGAAUGUGGCAAAUCUUUCUGUUGGCUGCAGGCUUACUCAACAUUAGAGGGUUCAUACUUCAGAGAAAACCUAUCCAUGUACAUACAGAAUGUGGCAAAGCCUCGUAACCUCUUCCCAACCUUACCAAACAUCAGCAGAUUCACACUGGAGAGAAAGAUUAAUAAUACAUAGUAUUUGGCAAAACCUUUACACACCGACCCAUUCUGACUACACAUUGGCAAAUUCAUACUGCAAAAAAACCAUAUGAAAGAGCAGUAUGUGGUGAAGGCUUUCUCAAGUCCUCACAUCUUACAUGACAGGAGAUAUCAGAGAAUUCACAUGGCAGAGAAGCCAUAUAUUCAGAGAUUGUGGCACAAUUUGGAAGAUUGUUCUUAGCUUACUUGACAUCCAUGAAUUCAUACUGAAGAGAAACCUUCACAAUGUAAGGAGAGUGCUUGAAGCCUUUAUCUGUCAUUCAAGCUUAAUUUACCACCAGAGAAUUCAUCGUGUGAAAAUAUCAUACACAUGUAAAGAAUGUGGAAAGCCUUUUCAUAGACUUUCAGAUCUUAUUCCACAUCACAAAAUUCAAACUGCAUAGAAGCCUUACAAAUGGACCUAAUGUAGUAAGGCUUUUCAUUGUGCUUCCAAAGGUUCCCCACAUGAGCAAACUCACCCUGGAGAGAAAACGUUCAGAGGUAAGGAAUAUGCCAAAGCCAUUAAUCAGAGCUCUGACCUAGCUGGACACCAGAGAAUACAUACUGGAGAGAAUCCCUACAAAUGUAGUAAGUGAGGAACAUGGUUUCUCCAAAAGAGAUAGUGAUGAACACACCAGGGAGUUCACCCUGGAAAGUUACUUGAGUGAUGUAAAAAUAUAGGAAAAUACUUAAUGAAAAGUCCAAUCUAAAGGAAUUUAUCCUGGAAAGCCCUCAGUCCAUAACUCAUUUCUGGACUCGCUCUAAAGCAGAAGAGCAUAGAAAGCAGUCAGUAGUGCAAAGACCUAGAAAUUGCUGUUUGCAGAGAUCACAAGAUAAAAGGGGUGAUAUCUGGAUGGGAACAAGAACUAUCGAUGCAUCCUCAUUGAUGUCAACAUUAAUUGAGUUUCCUUGAAGGCCCAAAGGAGUGCAAUGGAGCUCUCAAUGUUCGGCAUGCUAUGCUUCUUGUUCCAUGUGUGGGUGAUUGUAUGGUUUGGAUGGUUCCUGCCUCAAAGAUAAGAGAAGCCCUUCUCCAUGAGGUGGGCAUCAUUUCCCUUCACUUCCCCAUGAGAUGACUCAGGACGCCACCGUGAACAUGGACAUCGAGGUGUCUGUCAUUGAUUCCCAACACCCCCGUCAGUCACCAUGAUGUGUGUUCAGGAACUGCCAUUCCCUGUGGUCAGGUUGGCAGUGGUGGGUUUCCAGCGUUCAGUAGUUCUGUGCCCUGCUUCCUAAGCAUGAGUUGGUGACAGUUCAUUCAGAUCCUGAUGUGUCUUUCCAAUAGCAGCAGCCAGAGGUCGUGAGUGUUUGUGGACACGGUUGAAAUGAAGACAUCUUCAGUGAUAGCCAAGAACUGUGUAGGUGUCCCUUCCUGGAAAAGUCCUAAUUAAAUAGCUCCAUGUGAACUAAAGGAUUAGCCUCUGUUUGGUCAGCCACUGAGAUCACAAUCCUCCGAUGGUUAUAUGAGAGGCGGAGAAUGUUUCUGAAGGUUUGUUGUCAGGAUUUUGAUCAAGGAUCACACAGUGGUUUGUAACAGGUUUUUUUUUUUUUAAACUCUAUGUUUAAUUAAGACAUGUUAGUUAAUAAAGCAUGGUGGUUUUUAA